GAACAAAGAAGGAAAAGAAACGGAAUACCUGCAUCGGGAGCCGUUGGUGAGAACACAAUUGACUUUGAAGAAUAUCAAAUCGACAGUGGAAAGAGUCUGGUGCACAAAUUCCUCAGAACCCAAAAAACAAAAAAAGUCUCCUGUAUAGACGAUGCUUCCUUCUUGCAUCGGAGAAACUGUAUGUGAAACCAAGUCCUCUUCCUUCUUUCUGACCUUUCGGAAUUCUUCUCCCUCUCCCUCUAUAUAUACCCUUUCCAAUUGCCACUGCCUCUUCCACUCUCAACCUUCCUCAAAGUACAGAAUUCAAAUCCUUCUCGGAUCUCGUUCUCUUUGUCUCUCUCCAAAAAGCUCUUUCUUUAUCUGUCUCAACACACAUCUUCUCGUGCUUUUGGAAGUCGUAUAUAUAUAUAUAGAGGAUAUAGCUUUAUCCAUGGCGACCUCAUGCGAAGAAGUUUCUUCGGCUCUGAAACUCAUCAAGCUUCACUUGCUUGGCGAGGUCUCUCCUAUUGGGACCUUAUCUAGUGAUUUUGAGAUUGAUGUCUUGGGUUCUGAAUCUCAUUCUCAAUCCGACUCUCUAUGUUCCCAAACUUCCAGUUCCGACUCUACCAUGGAAUUUGCUAACUUUUUCAGCUCUAACGACCCCUUCGACUUUACGUUCCUUCAGCGUCCAAGUGAUUUCUUCGAAUUCGAAGCGAAACCACACAUUUUGGACCUCACAACGCCUAAAUCCCACGAUUCAACCUCUCAAUCCAGCAAUGAUUCCUUUCAUUUCGAAGCCAAACCGCAAAUCAUUGAAGUCGCGGCCCCCAAUACCCGAACUUCGACCUCAUACUCCCAGUCGAAUAACAAUUGUUUCGAAAUCGAAUCGAGACCGCAAAUGAAUCGUUCGAAACCCUCGCUGAAGAUCUCGCUCCCCAGCAAAGGAACGACCGAGUGGAUCCAAUUCGGACAACCUACUCGCCAAUCGGAUCCGUCGCUGGCCGUUCAGGAAAAUGCGAGUUUGGAAGCAAAAAGGCACUACAGAGGCGUGCGACAGAGGCCGUGGGGAAAGUACGCCGCCGAAAUCCGAGACCCUAACAGGCGCGGCUCGCGCGUGUGGCUGGGAACCUUCGAGACGGCUAUAGAAGCGGCCAAGGCGUACGACCGAGCCGCUUUCAAGCUCCGCGGCUCGAGAUCAAUCCUCAACUUCCCACUGGAGGCGGGGAAGUCCGGGACAGCCCCCGCUACCAGAGAGAGAAAACGACGUCGUGAGGAGGAGGAGGAGGAGGAGAAGAAAGAGGUGGUGGUCGUGAAGAAGGAGAGGUGCACGGAGACAUCAUCGGACACGGGAACAAGUUAUUCGAGGGAAAUACCGUUGACGCCGUCACCGCUAUCUCCACAUCCACAGUUAGGAUAUCCACAGCUUAUGGUCGUAUGAGUCAGCAUUUGAAUACCCCCAAUGACAACCGCUGCAGCGCUGCCUCUUCUCUUCGUUUGCGUUCGUUUUGUGAAUGUGUAUAUUACGUGAUUUUUCUUUCUUUUUUUGGUUUGAAAAUGAGAAGGUUUACUUGAUAAAUCAUAUUCAGCAUGAAAUCUCGCCACAAUAAUCAAUGAAUGAAUUCUACAACCAUCAUGCCUUUAUAUAAUACGGUAACUUCAUAGAUUUUGGGAAUAAAAAUGCAGACAUGAAUUGAUCA